AUGGCGAAAGAUGUACCCUUGGGCCCCCCUUCUCGAUUCAGAGAUGGAAAACAUGAACUCAGAUGGGAAAGCAUUUCGUUUGAUAUUAAACUCUGGGGACAGAAAGAAAAAACAACUGCACUGCUUUCUGUGUCUACCACAACCAGCCCAGCAAAAAAUGUUGAUUCAACACAAACAAACCCAGUGACAGAACCGAAAUACUCUACACAUGGAGCCGUGGCUGAGACUCCAAUACCUCUCCUCUACCAAGGAAAUUUCACAAAGGCUCCUCAGUGGGAUUUUGAUGAUGUCUAUAACCAGGAUGCCCCACCUAGACCAACAACAUGUGCCCAAUCACUGCGAAACUCUCAGGAUGAGAACUUCAAGAAGGCUUUUCUUCCCAACAUACGUUUGUUUCUGCACAAGGACAACAUUAAUAUGAGCGAGUGGAAUCGCCUUUCACAUUUUAACAAUCCUUUUGGGUUUAUGGAGUACAAAUAUGAUGAAGUGAUGGCUUCAGUGAAGCUGAUUCCAAAGCCAAAAGAGCCACUGCUCCUCCCAAAACCAGGGGGCGAUGGCUGUGUUCACUGCGCUGUGGUGGGUACUGCGGGAAUUCUGAACGGCUCAAAAGUGGGUGCAGAGAUCGAUGCUCAUGAUUACAUUUUUCGGAUGAACGGUGCCGUUACCAAAGGUUUUGAGGAAGAUGUAGGAAAUAGAACAUCAGUGUACGUUCACACAGCGUACUCCAUCACUGCAUCACCUUCUGUUUUUGGGACAUAUGGAUACAAAUCUGCCCCUCAUGAUGAGGGAAUAAAAUAUGUGAUGAUUCCUGAGGGAAUAAGAGAUUUUCAAUGGCUCGGGGGUCUUCUCAAAGGACAGCAGAUCUCUGGUGGCCAAUUCGACAAGGAAUGGCCAAGGGACUACUAUUCAGGGCAGUACAAUGAGAGCCGCUUCUACGUUCUACACCAGGACUUCCUCCGAUACGUGAGGAACAGGUUCCUAAAGUCACCUAAUCUGAAUGAAACAUUCUGGCCAUUAGUCAGACCAACCAACGGAGCGUUCACUCUCUUCCUGGCUUUGCACACAUGUGAUACAGUGGAUGCAUAUGGGUUCAUGACUGAUGAAUACAUGAAAUACUCCAACUACUAUUUUGAGAAGUACAUUAAAAGUAAUGUAAUUUUCUAUGCCAACCAUGACUACAUUUUGGAGAAGAAUACAUGGAAAAACUUUCACAAAAGAAAAAUAAUAAAGCUGUUUCAAAGAACGGAGCCAGAAACAAAGACAGAAAACCCGAAGCAACACUGAGUUCCCUCUUAAUGACAGAACCCACACCACUGCUCUGUUGAUAUUCAAAGCUUGUUUCAGGCAGCACGUUGGUGCAGUGGUUAGCCUAAGAAAGUCCUGUGUUCAAAUCCACCAUAUCGCCAGGGACUAAGAUCCAGCCCCCCUGUGACCCUCACCUGGAUAAGUGGAAGAUAGAUGGAUGGAUAGAAUGAAGGUGAUCUGAUUUGUUCUAAUUUGUUUGGGAUGUUUUGCCAAUCCUAAAGGGGUCCUCAG